AUGGCGCGCCAGGCGCUCAAGGACAAUGGCGUGCUGAUUAUCCGAGGGUGUAUUACACGCGCAGCUUGUGCGGCCGGGCAAGCGGCAGCGUACCGCGCAUGGGAGCGCGACAUUAAGCCGAGCAUUGAUACGGCAGCCCAUGGGGCAAAGGUUGAUGCGGCCAAGACCAUCUACGAUGUACAUGGGGCUCAGCAGAAGCCAGAAGCCAAGGCGGACUAUCAUGCAACCAAACUGCAAGAGCUAGACGCCGAGCCAACCGUGUUUGCCCCUGGGUCUGGCUAA